UUGAAAAAGUAUUAUGGUACUUAUAUAUACGUGUGUGUGGCAAAGUAAAAGAAAAAAUGGCGAUAUAAUUUUGGGAGCCCGCGUAAAAGUUAUACUUUUUUCCUGAUUCUUUUUUAAUUACAUUGUUCCACUCCGUCUGAGAUUGACUCCCAUCUUCGUCUAAGGUGCGUUCGGCUCUUCGGCGUUUCCAAUCAUUCGACUCUGUCUUUGGCUUCUCCGUUUCUUCUCUUCCUUCCAUCCCUCAAAUCUCCUCUCUCCCUCUCUCUCUCUCUCUCUCUCUCUCUCUCGUCUUUCUCUAUCUCUCGGUCACUCCUUGUGGACAGGCGAGGCUAUUACUGCUUCACUUUUUGCUCCCUUCUCGUCGGUAGCGUGCAUGACUGCAUCAAUCUCGAUCCCGAAUCUCGUUACUGAAGUCAAGUAAUUGGGAGACCAGAAUCUCGUUACUCAUGAAUCACAAUCUGUAACUUUUCUGAUUUUCAUGAUUUAUCCCCUCACUAUUGUUGAGACAAACUAAUGGUGGGCAAAGAAUAUUGAUUGAUAACUGUUCUUCUCUACCAGUCGUGGGACCACUGGCAUCUGCAGGGCUCUAGUCAAGGAUUCCCAUACAACUAGCUGCAAAUUGAAGUUGUAACAGAGAUCUUUCACCAGUUGAAUAGAGGGUCAUAUCUGAAAUAAUAAAUGAAGUUGAAUAAAGCCUUAAAAGAUCAAGUUUUCUUGAGGACUUUAGAAUGAUUGAGCUUCCAAAUUUGCGAGAUAAAUUUGUUGAGUUGCUUGAACUUCUGGGUGAGGGAAAUGGAUAUCUUGCUGGUAAAGUAGUGAAAGUUCAACAGGACAUGUUUGAAAUUAUAACCAAUGAUAUGAUGGUUGAUUCUUCAGGUUUGGAAGUAUUUUUGCUUCAUAUGUUCAGAGUGGACUGCAGGAAUUAAUGUAUUAGCAGGGUUUUUGAUGUGUGGAAAAGGUAGAAAGAAGUUCAUGAAAAACUUGGUAAUGUACGAAUGAAUGCUGCUUUUUGUUGUCUCACUCACAACUACAAAAGGCGCAUGAGUAAAAAUCUCUUCAUCUACUGGUUUAAGGGUAUCAUUGCAAGCUUUGAAAGAAUUACGAAUGAUGCAAGUAUGGGGCACAGUUAUGAUGGUUUGUUGUGGACUCUGAGGAGUUUGCAAGAACUCUCUUUUGUGUUACUGCUACCAGAUUCAGAGGUUGCAAUUUCAUCUAGUUCUUCCUCUUUAAAUGAGCCUACACAAGAAGGAUCUUGGAAGCAUGAAGCAUAUUUGUUGUUUCCAGUUCAUUUGGAUGGAACAUUGUUGGACAAUGCUAACACUAUGAAAGCUAAAAAGGAGUUAUUCUCAACCACCGAUGUUCUUCAUAUAUUUAGACAGCUUUGUGCAGGACUCGAGCACAUGCACAAUUUAGAUCCACCAUAUGCUCAUAAUGAUGUCAAGCCUAGUAAUGUCCUCAUAACUCAUGGGAAAGGACAACCACCACUAGCCAUAUUGAUGGAUUUUGGCAGUGCUCUGCCUGCAAGGAGGCAAAUUCAAUCUCGUUCUGAGGCACUACAAUUGCAGGAAUGGGCAUCUGAGCAUUGUUCAGCACCUUUUCGAGCUCCUGAGUUGUGGGAUUGUCCAAGUAAUGCAGAUAUCGAUGAGAGAGCUGAUAUUUGGUCAUUAGAAUGCACUUUAUAUGCGAAAAUGCGAUAAUGUUUUUUACCAUGUGAUUUAAGAUUUAUUGGUUUAAGUUUUUGGGUCUUUGUCUCCUGCGAGCUAUAAUAUAAUUUGAUGACAGUGGUGAAUGUUUUAAACUAAUUUGUUGAUUGUUAAUACAAUGUUGAAUGCUUUUUACUUUUUGUUA